GCAGAGACAGAAAUUGAUCACAUAGGGCAAGCAAAUGGCUUGUUUAUCUGUAUGUAACUCUGAUAAAUGCACGGCGCGAGGCAGCGCUGUAUGUAGUCCCAAUGUUUAUAAUGGCUUCCGGUAGGUGCGAAUCACUAGUAACAUUUGCCCAUUUAUAUUCUCCUAUAGUGACCGGGUUAUUUCAUGAUUUCCUCAGAGAAAUACUGCCAUAUUGGUCCAUUAUAUUUGAGGGUUCUUUCAGUUGAUCUGUGUAUAUUUAUCCAAUUAAAAAUCUUCAGGGCAGGGACUUGGAUUCUACAUGUUCUAUUAUAUAUGAGUUUUAGUCACUGUGUUGCACAUACACUUCCCACUUUUUUUGUUGUACUUGAUUAUUUAAAGGGGCAGAGAGUGUCAAGAACAAGUAUUUGCCAUUCCCUUAUACACUCCUAAAAUAGAAGAAUAAUAAAUAUUUGCCAUUACAUUAUACAACCCUAAAAAUGGAAUUGCCACCUGUCUAGUUUUUUUACUGUGACCUCUGUAUUUUCAAGGCGCCGGCUGGGUUAAAACCCUUAUGCUCCAUAUCCAAUGUUUAUAUACGGGUUUCAACAUUUUGAAAACCGUCCAGAAAUCUUCCAAAUUUCGUAUAUCACGCUGCCCAAAACAUCAUCACAUCGCUACCUGUGUGCCGCCAUCAAACGUUUGUGUUAAUAACCUGGCAAAGGCAGAGAUUGUAGAGGGCUGCAGAUUGCCUGUGCUUCGCAAGAAUCAGGACAAUGAAGUUGAAUGGCCACUUGCUGAAAUUCUGAGCAUCAAGGAACUUACAGGGAAGAAGCUCUUCUAUGUGCAUUAUAUAGACUUCAACAAGCGUUUAGAUGAGUGGGUUACUCAUGAUCGUUUGGAUCUUACGAAGAUUCAGUUUCCAAAGAAAGAGGCAAAAACUCCUACAAAGAAUGGACUGUCUGGAUCAAGACCGAGCUCCCCUGAGAGAGAGGUGGUGGUGGUGAGGAAGAUUCCUGAGCUGAUCCCACCUCCGGCUGUUGUCCCUGCAGCAGGCGGAAAAUCUCUUCCUGUGCCGAAGCGGAAGGUGGACAUUGUACCUCCUGCAAUUCCAGUCCCACCUGCUCCAGAGACAACCCAGGUCUCUGUCUUCCCACAGCAGGCGCCCUGUGAUGUAGCUGGAGGCAGUGCACAUACAGUGAUGCUAUCUCAAAAUGGUGCAGUGCGCAGACCCAGUGCUCCUGCUCCUGUAGUACAACCUGGAAGGAAGCGCAAAUCAAACUGUCUGAGUGCAGAUGAGGCAGUAAACGCCUCACUUCCUUCUAUGCAGGAUUCUCAGGACAGCUCUGAUGGAAUUCCUACUGCACCUCGUAUGACAGGGAGCUUGGUAUCUGACCGCAGCCACGAUGACAUCAUUACACGCAUGAAAAAUAUUGAGUGCAUUGAGCUUGGUCGUCACCGCCUCAAGCCUUGGUAUUUCUCACCAUACCCUCAGGAGUUAACAGUAUUGCCUGUCCUCUAUUUAUGCGAAUUUUGCCUGAAAUAUUUGAAGAGUCUUAAAUGUCUACAAAGGCACCUGACAAAAUGUAACCUACGCCACCCUCCAGGGAAUGAGAUCUACAGAAAAGGAACAAUAUCCUUCUUUGAGAUAGAUGGACGCAAGAACAAGAGCUACUCCCAGAAUCUGUGUCUUUUGGCAAAGUGCUUUCUGGACCACAAAACUUUAUAUUAUGACACAGACCCUUUCCUCUUCUAUAUCAUGACGGAGUAUGAUUCCAAAGGUUUCCAUAUUGUUGGUUACUUUUCCAAGGAGAAAGAAUCCACAGAAGAUUACAAUGUGGCCUGUAUCCUAACCCUGCCUCCCUAUCAAAGAAGAGGUUAUGGCAAACUGCUUAUUGAAUUCAGCUAUGAGCUGUCUAAAGUUGAAGGGAAAACUGGAACACCGGAAAAACCACUAUCCGAUCUUGGGCUUCUUUCCUACCGCAGCUACUGGUCACAGACAAUCCUAGAGAUCUUAAUGGAACUUAAAACUGAAACUGGAGAGAGGCCUCAGUUUACUAUAAAUGAAAUCAGUGAGAUUACAAGCAUAAAAAAAGAAGAUGUCAUCUCCACGUUACAGUAUCUGAAUCUAAUAAAUUACUACAAGGGUCAGUAUAUCUUGACGCUUUCAGAAGAUAUUGUGGAAGGCCAUGAAAAAGCUAUGCAGAAGAGAGUUUUGAGGAUAGACUCCAAAUGUUUGCACUUUACACCCAAAGACUGGAGCAAGAGGGGGAAAUGGUAGUGGAAGCAGUAACGAGAAAUCGGAGACAAAACAAGCCUGUCUGAUAGGCAGACGUACCAUUGUUACUCUUAUUAGAGUGCUGUGUUACCUACUUUUUUUUAAUUUCUGUUAAUGCAGGCUAGUUUCAUAGACAUUCAUACAAAUCCAUCAUAUUUCCAUUUCACAACCAGUAUCUGGUAGACAUCUGGACUUUUAACCGCAGCCAAUCAGUUAUAUCAUAACUUUGUAUUUAGGACUUCAUGUAAAUGAAAGGACGCAAAGCAAAAGAACUGAUGUGCUAGGUAAGCAGUGCCAAACAUUUGACCUAGGUCUGGCUAAUUAGUUUAUUUAUAAAAGUAGCUGAAAUAUCAGUGAAUACAAAAAAAAAAACACCAGUUCCUGGAAGGAGAGAGCUAAAGGUCUGUGUUUUAUAUGCCCACUUUUUGGCCCCAAUAGUUUUCUUUACAGUGGAAUUGUAUAUCUAAUAAAGUAACUUUUUCAGAUGCUACAGGAUGGCACUAUUACAGGACAACACUGGGCAGUGCUGUUCUGCAGGUUAAGUCAGUGGUUACAAUGUUUAAGUCAGUGACAGGGUUAAAGACUAAAGUAUGAAUAUUAAUAGUAGCUGAGAUGACAGAUUUAAUCUAGGGUGGGAAGGAAAGCAGGACAGUGAAUUACAAACAAAGCUGGAAUUGUGCAGUGUAAAUAUAUGUUGUAAAUAAAACUUUUUAAUACCAAAA